UUCUCUUUCCAAUCCACUGCUACGUUACGGUCGCCUUCAUCGCUCCUGACUCAGGGCAAAUCCAAUAUGGCGGCGACGACACUAUUAAUGCUCUGACUCCCAGUGAAAAUGUGUUAGAUGCUCGUUUUUCGUUUGAACCAGAAGCGAAAUCCACCUCCCGGGCGAGUGACCGAGUUCCGCCACGACCGCUUUCCCGUUGCAAAGGCUUGAUAAUCUCAGUGUAAGUAGGUAAAAAUAAUUUUGAGACCUAAGCUGCAAUGGGUAAGCAGAACAGUAAAUUAAAACCUGAAGUGUUAGAAGACCUGAGACAAAACACAGAAUUCACGGACGCUGAGAUACAAGAAUGGUACAAAGGCUUCUUGAAAGACUGCCCUAGCGGACAUCUUAGCGUCGACGAAUUCAAAAAAAUAUACGGGAAUUUCUUUCCUUACGGGGACGCAUCAAAGUUCGCCGAACACGUCUUUCGUACGUUUGACGCCAACGCCGACGGUACGAUAGACUUCCGGGAAUUCCUCUGCGCCCUGUCUGUAACUUCGAGAGGGAAACUGGAACAGAAGUUGAAAUGGGCCUUUAGUAUGUACGAUCUUGAUGGAAAUGGUUUCAUCUCUCGACAAGAAAUGCUUGAAAUAGUUACGGCAAUCUACAAAAUGGUAGGAUCAGUCAUGAAGAUGCCAGAAGAUGAGUCGACCCCAGAGAAGAGAACGGAUAAAAUCUUCCGCCAAAUGGAUAAAAACCAAGACGGGAAACUGUCUCUAGAGGAAUUUAUCGAAGGGGCGAAAAGCGAUCCAUCUAUAGUUAGGCUUUUACAGUGCGAAACACAAGCCCAGUGAGCUAACCAACGAUGCAGAUUCAAUUAUGCAAUGUACAAAUUAAGUUAUUUCUAAUUUACUUUCUAUGUAAGUUACAUUGUUUCAGAAAAAGUUUAAGUAUCGAUAUAUGAAAGAAUGCAUAUUUGAUGAAAUCAGCAUAGAUUCUAUUUAAAAAAAAAAAUAUAUAUAAAAAAAAGGCUUGUCACAGCACCAGCGCUAAAAAUAUUUAAAAACGUCAGUCUCACUUUGGUGAAAAAUCUUUUACUUUAAUUCCCAUUUUUUACCAGGUGAUCUUAUUUGAGUCUACUUUUAAUAGUACAACAACGAACAUUCUGCUGAUUACAGAUUGAAUGUAAAAAUAAUAUAGUAGUGUAUUAGUGUGUUGUAAAAAAAAAUACAAUUGAAAAUUGUAGGGAAGCUGUUCCUGUGAUUACUAUUUAUUAUUAUUUUAUAAACAAUUUGUAGUUUUUAGAAUGAUGUAGAUUUUUAUCUAGUUUGAAGGAGGUGGCUUAUAAUAUACAUAUAAUAAUUCCUCUCUUACCCAGGGGAUUUGAGUCUUCCUCGUUCAUGUUUCAUCAGUCUGAUUUAUUAUUUUAUAUGAUAAUAUAUUUUUUAUUUAAAUUUGAAUAACAUAAGGUAGACAUUAAUAUUUAAAAAAAUAAAUUGUAUAUAAUUAUUAACUUCAAAGUUAAAAUAAUAUUUUAUGACAAAAUGUUAUUAUUGAAAAAAAGUUCAAUUUUUUAAAUAGAUUUGUAAACAAGUUCUUUGAGAAGAUUAGUUUUUUUUUUUUUAAGUAGACUCAAAUAGACGCCUGGACAGAAUUUGGGAAGCACUAGUUACAACCGUCACUGUGUGAUUUGAUUAUUCGGGAUUCAAACGGAAGUGAAGGUCCAGGAAAAUUGUGUCAAUUUUAUUUUUAACGAACCCGAUCCCAUAUGGAAGGAUAGAGUUGUGUGCAAGCGAUGCUCAUCCCCAUCUCAGGAACCCAUCUCUUAUAAAACGAAGAAAACAAAAAAACGGCAAAAAGACACCCCCCAAGAGAAUACGCAGAAAAUAAAGAUAGAAAAAACUAUUCCAAUCGAUGAUUAAAUAUACGAAAGGGAAGGAAUGUUCAGACUUUCGACAUGAAAAGGGGUUGGACAAUUGCUCACUUUUGGCUGUGGCCUUAGCCUUCCAUGCACAACGCAACACUUCAUAUCACUACAUUCUCAGUGUUGCAUAACCAUCUUGUAGUUUGUUUAAUAUGGUUACAAGUCUCCUUCAAUUAAAAUAUUUAAAAAAACAAUUAUUAAAAAAAAUUAUUGUACAAGUGAAGCAGUUUUAAAAUUUAAAGUUUUAUUUUUAAUUCUUUUUUUAUAUGUGUGUCUUUGCAUUUGUUAAUAAUUUUACUUUCCUCUUGAAUACAUAAGGCUUCCAGUAAUCAUAAUGGUUAAUAAUAAAUAAUAAUAUUGUUCUUGGAUAGCACUAUCCAUAAAUUUUUGCACACGAGUUUUAAAAUAAAAAUAUUUGAUGUGUUAAAUGUUGACAUUUUAAAGUCUUGCAUUCAAAUUUACUUGUUAUCUUCUAUUAUAAAUGUAUAAUAUAAAUAAAAUAAUUACUACUGUGAUUAUUAAUUACAAAGGUGUAACAGUUUUGUUUUUUUACCAUGACUUGCAAUAAUGAUUGUUUUAUUGCAAUACUGUAAACAAUCAAAACGAAUAGUUAUAAACAAUAUAUAUAAAACUGAAAUAAAUUAUUUAUCUGAUAUUGCUAAAUGAAAGGUUAAGCAAAUUUUACACCUUCUUGUAAGCUACUAUACUUUUUGUUACUCUAUAUUAGUUUUUAGUUUAAUUUUUAGAGAUACUAUGUGAUUACAUAUUAUUUAUUUAUCAAACUAGGAUUCCGUAUCCUAUGUAUUAUAUUACUAUUGAUUUUUUGGGAGUAAAUUUUAAUAAUGGUACACGAGUCUUUACAAUUGUUAUAUUAUUGUUAUCUAUAUAAUUAUAGAUUGUCUUUGUCUGAAAUGUACACUAUUAAUAAGUAAUAAGUGUAAUUUGACAAACAAUGAUGCCUUUUCUUCUAAGAUAAAUAAAUAAUUUUAUAAGUG